GCUCAAACCGACCACAAACAAUAUCGAGUCUUUUUCUCUUUACUUGAUGAUGAAGUAUUAUUAUUCUUAAUUUCCUUAAACCACAUCACUUCCCUGUUCUCUCUCUGAAUCAAUUAUAUACUCCCACUGAACAAGCUCCAGUUACAAAACUAAAUCACAUGCCUGAAAUGAAGCCCUGAUUUCAACAAAAACCGUCUCUUUAUUUUUAAAGUGUUCAAUCCAACUUCAAAAUCUCUUUCUCUCCUUGGUGUUUUUUCUCACAGAUCAAGAACACUGAAACACUAGUACUAGCCACUAUAGGUAAUACACAAAGAAGUAGGGAGAAAUGGAGAUUCUGUUGGAUUGGAAGUCAAUAGGUUCAUUACUUGCAACCCUUAUGUUUAUUAGAACUGCCUUAAGAGAUUUCUUACCACCAGAAGCAAACCUAGUAUUACAAAGAUUUUUCAAAACCAUACUCACAUACUUACAACCAAAAACCAUUUCCAUGUCAAUUGAAGAGUAUGAUGAUUCUUACAGUAAUGAUCUUUACGAUUCAGUUCGAACUUACUUAGGAUCUAAAUGUUUCUUUUCAGCUAAAGAUCUCAAAGUUUCAAAACCGAAAAACUCCAAAGAAUUUGCUUUCACAAUGAAUACAGAUCAAGCAUUUGAAGAUGUCUUUAAAGGGUGUAGAAUAAAUUGGUCUUUUCAUAUCGAAAAGAAAACAAGUGAUGAGUAUUCGGGUUCUGAUGAUGAUAAGAAAUAUUUUAAGCUUUGUUUCCACAACGAUUACAAGGAAUUAAUUCGGUCGGAGUAUUUACCUCAUGUCGUGAAAGAAGCUGAAGUGAUAAAGUUCAAAAACAGAGAAAGGAAUUUAUUCACAAACCGGUCAGUUGAUGAUCACGGCCGACUUUGGUCGUCUGUGCCGUUUAAUCAUCCGUCGACGUUCGAUACGAUCGCGAUCAGUCCAGUUCUUAAAGCAGAGAUUAAAGGUGAUUUGGAGAAAUUUAUUAGCAGGAGAGAUUAUUAUACUAGAGUUGGCAGGGCAUGGAAAAGAGGGUAUCUUCUUUAUGGUCCACCAGGAACAGGAAAGACUAGUUUGAUUGCAUCCAUUGCAAAUUUCUUGGAGUUUGAUAUCUACGACUUGGAAUUAUCAUCUGUUUCAGACAAUUCACAACUAAGAAAGCUACUGAUAUCCACUACCAAUAAGUCGGUAAUCGUCGUCGAAGAUAUCGAUUGUUCGGUGGAUCUUUCCGAUCGGAAGAAGAAGGAUAUGAACACGGAUGAUGAUGAAUUGAAGCUUAACGUGAAAAAGGAUAAGAAAGGUAGUUACUUGAGUAUGGGCAAUAGUGUGAGUUUAUCCGGGGUUUUAAAUUUUAUUGAUGGGCUGUGGUCUUCUUGCGGUGGUGAAAGAUUGAUCAUUUUUACAACGAAUCAUAAAGAGAAGCUUGAUGCUGCAUUAUUAAGGCCAGGUCGAAUGGAUAAACAUAUUAAUCUAUCGUUUUGUGAUUAUUAUUCGUUUAGGAUUUUAGCGAGGAAUUAUUUGUUAGUUGAAGAACAUGAGACUAUGAAACAGGUGGAGGAGUUGUUAAGGGUUGUUAAGGUGACACCAGCUGAUGUUGCUGAAAUUUUGAUGGGCUGUGAUGAAGAUAUAGACAUGGGUAUGAGAAAUGUGGUUCGAGAAAUGAAGAAAAGAUUGGUAGUAACUAAAGAAAAGAAAAAAGUAGUCAAGAAUUUUGAAGAUGAAGGUGUUAUCCAGGAAGAAAAGUUGGAAAAUGGGGAAGAAAUAGUUGAAUCGCAUGGUUCGUGAUUGUGGGGAGAGGCAAAGUUUUACUAGGGUCUUUUUCUUGGCUCAGUUUCCUUUAUUUACCUGUGUUCCACUUUUUUGGGUCGGGGACCAAGGGGUAACCGGGUAGGAAUACUUGGAUUUAGGUGGCAUGGAUUUAGGUGGCAUGCUAGUCAUAAGGUAUUUUCUCCUUGAAUUGUUGUUUUUACUUUUAAAAAGAGAAUUAAAAUUAUCCUUAAAAUAUCGAGAGAUAUGCUUUAGAAAUUACUAACCUGAUCUACCAUUUGAAUUAGCUUUA